AUGGGUUAUUUUAAAGCAGCAAAACACUUUGAUGUACCAAGAACCACUUUGUUUCGAUUGUGUCAGAAAAAUGAGCUAUCUCCAGAAGAAUCUGCAGCCACUAAAUUAGGAAGAAAAUCUGUUUUAGGUGAUCAGCUCGAAAAUCUACUAGUAGAAUAUAUUUUAAAGAUGGACAGCAAGUUUCAUGGUUUGACGAGGAAUGAUGUUCGCAGAAUGGCGUAUAUGUUGGCCAAACGCAAUCAUUUGGAGAAUCCGUUUGGUGAGUCCGGAAUGACUGGCAAAAAAUGGCUAAAGCUAUUUUUAAACCGUCAUAAGCAAAAACUUUCAAUGAGAAGACCCACUGGCACGUCUUUUGCAAGACCUUUUGGUUUCAGUAAAGAAAAAGUAGAUGCUUUUUUCGAUCUUCGUGAAGAAGUCUACACUAAGGGUAACUAUACUCCGAAUCGCAUAUAUAACGUUGACGAAUCUGGUCUUACAGUGGUUCAAACCAAGAUACUCCAAGUUAUCGGUCACAAAGGAAAACGACAAAUAGCUUCACUUACUUCAGCUGAAAGAGGGUCAUUAAUAACAAUAGUUAUUGCUAUGAACGUUACUGGCCAUUUUGUGCCUCCUUACAUCAUUUUUCCCAGGAAAAAUAUGAGCAAACAGCUAAUGAGAGGCAAACUUCCAUAUGCGGUAGGCGUUGCACAUCCAUCAGGAUGGAUUCAAAUGCAAAUAUUUACAGAUUGGUUUAAGCAUUUCAUCAAACACACCAAACCGACCCCAGAAUCGAAAGUUUUGUUGAUCUUAGAUGGACAUUAUUCUCACACACGAAACAUCGACGUUAUCGAUAUUGCAAGGGAGAACAAUGUUGAAAUUGUUUCCAUACCUCCACACACAACCCACAAACCGCAACCUUUGGAUAACACUUUUAUGGGACCACUAAAACCUAUUUUAGUGAAGAAAUACAAAUGUGGAUAA